AUGCCAGCGCAGAAAUCUUGUCCGACGUGCGGUAGCACCCAGCUUGAGACAGACUAUAAUCUCGGACAGGUCGCGUGUGGACAAUGUGGUCAUGUUGUCGAGUCGGGGAUUCUUGUUUCGGAGGUGGGGUUCGCAGAGGGGUCUGGAGGCCGGACGCAUGUUGCGGGCACGUUUGUGUCGAACUACUCUAGACAGGAGAAGAUCCAACAUACAGCCCGGGAGAUGGGCCUAGGUGCGGGAAUAGCCAACGGUGCAACUAGGUCUUUCUCCCUCGCGGUCGACCAGCGGUUCAACAAGGGCCGGAGAACAGACUACCUCGUCGCUAGCUGCCUAUACCUACAGUGCCGCUUGAUGGGGGAGCCGUACAUGCUUAUCGACUUCUCUGAGCGGUUGCAGGUGAACGUGUUCGAGCUCGCCGGUACCUACCUCAAACUCCGCACCAACCUUCAUCUUGACAAGAGCAUGCCCGAAGUCGACCCCGCCAUCUAUAACAUCCACUUUGCUCGACGUCUCGCGCUCGGACACGAGGCGCAAAAGGUCGCGUCGGACGCAUCCCGCCUCGUCCGCCGCUUCAAAGCCGACUGGAUGACGCAAGGCCGGCGCCCAGCGGGGAUCUGCGGUGCCUGUCUCAUCAUCGCUGCGCGGAUGAGCAACUACCUGCGGACGCCGGAAGAAGUCGGGCAGGUCGUCAAGUGUUCGGCGUAUACGAUCCGGAAGCGACUUCGGGAGUUUGCGAUCACCGAGAUGGCGCAGAAGACGGUCAAGGAGUGGAGGGGCCUGAGUGAGAAGGAGCUGGAUGAGGUCAGGACGGAGGAGCCGCCGAUCGUCAAGGAGAACCGGAAGCGCAAGGAGAGGGAGGAGCGGGAGAGGCUGGAAGAAGAGGAGGCGGAGAGGGAGGCGGAAGAGAAUAGUCCGAGAGGGAAGGGAAAGAAGAAGGAUAAGGGGAAGAAGCGGCAGAGAUUUGAGGGGAGCGGAGAUGUGGAUGAGGAGGAAGCAAUCAGGGAGGCUGCGGCUGAGGCGGCUGCCCAGGCAGAGGAGGACGGGGAAGGGAAUGACGAAGAAGUCGACCUGGAGGGAGUCAUCGGGGCGUUCGCGGACGAUAUCGACGCGGCAGGCGAUAAUCCCGAGGCGGCGCAGGAGGAGCGGCGGAUUGAGCGGUCUGCGUUUCAGCGGGAGAACAGGGCAUUGGCCAAGGCGAUGUUGGAUCCAGAGGUGGAUAUCUUGGACGAUGAGGACGCGGAGGCUUUGGAGAAGCACGAUGAGGAUGGCGAAGGGGACAAGGAGGAGGGCGACGGGGUACCGGCGGCCACGCAACUCGGCGAAUUGACGGCCGAAGCCCUCACUCUCAAGCCUGAAACCUUUACCGAAUGGGAUGACCCCGAAUCGACCCUCAAACACUUUACCGAGCAGUACUUUGCGGCCGAUCCUCGUCUGGUCUUGCUCGACCCGGCGCACGUCAAGGAGCGGGUCUCCAAGUGGCUCACGGGUGCUCGGGACCCGCAGGAGGUGGCGAGGGAGUGUCAGGUGGUGGAUAUUGCGUAUAGACGGAGAGAGUUUUUGGCGAGGGAGAGCAGGCUGGAGACGCUGUCGGAUCUGGACGAGGAUGAGCUUGAGAGCUACUAUGUGCUGGAUGAGAGGGAUAAGCAGCUGCGGGCGAGGGUGUGGUUGAGCCAGAACGGCAAGUGGCUGGAGCAGAGUAAAUUGAAGGAGGAAGAAAGAGCUGCGUAUAACAAGGCCAAUAACAUCGACCCCAACAAGCCAAAGAUCAAGCGCAAGCGCGCGCCCGCUCCUGGCUCCCAAAAGCCCUUCAAAUCCACCCGAGACGCCAUCGACAGCUUUGCGGCCCAAAAGAAGUUCUCGAGCCGAAUCAAUUACGCCUCGCUUGGCAAGCUCGGCGGAUACAAUGCGGAUGAUGCGGGCGAGACGGAUCUGCAGAAAAUGGACGAUGAGAAGGAUGACGAUGAAUUAGCUGGAUAUGCUAAGUAUGGGGACGACAAGGAGGAGGAGGAUGACGACCAGUACUGGUAG